UGCCCGGCAGAGGGGGAUGCCGGCGCAAGGCUAGUGUCGGUGCCGGAGCUGCCCUUCCCCCCAGCGCUGGGAGCAGAGUCACUCGGAGCGGGCUCCUGCCUCCCAACAGCCCGGUACGGGGCAGCGUGCGGGCGGCUGAUGGCCUGCGUGGACGAGCUCUCCGGACUCUGCUUGCAUUAGACCCUAGACUCCAGCUUCUGACCCUGGUCUGUCCUUGUCUUUGCUCUUCGAUUGCUGUUUGUAACCUGGCAUCUGACCUUCAUCUCCUGGUAAUCUUCCCCUGCCUACAUCCUGACUCUUAGUUUGUCCUCUGGCCUGUCUUGGACUCUGACCUCCUGCUACUUGACUUGGCCCGACUCCUGCUCCGACCACUACAUCUGACCACCGUUGUCCAGUCAUGACACAAACAUAGUUUUCAGGAUUUAACUUUUCUAGUUUAGGUUGCUUUUCUGUGACAGCAAAAUUAUGGGUUCUGAAGAGAAUAACAACGAAUUGUAUAAAAUAACCACUACUCAGCAAGCAGUUGCCUCUUGUUGUGGCGCUAUUGUUACAUCACUGUUGGUGACACCUCUUGAUGUUGUCAAAAUUCGACUGCAAGCCCAAAGCAAUUCAUUCGCUAAUGGAAAAUGUUUUGUAUACUCCAAUGGCCUUAUGGAUCAUGUAUAUGUCUGUGAGGAUGGGAACAGCAAAGCCUGGUAUAAGAAACCUGGCCAUUUCAGAGGGAUGUUGGAUGCAUUUGUGAACAUUAUUAAAAUAGAGGGUAUUAAAUCACUAUGGAGUGGACUUCCUCCAACGUUAAUAAUGGCAGUUCCAAGUACAGUAAUUUAUUUUACCAGCUACGAUCAACUGAGUGAAGUUUUGAUAUCUAAACUAGGAAAAGACAGUGACUACAUUCCAGUUCUUGCAGGCUCCAUAAGCAGAUUGGGUUCAUUAACUAUAGUAAGUCCACUGGAAUUGAUCAGAACUAAAAUGCAGUCUCGCCAAUUAUCUUACAAGCAACUGCGUAUAUACAUCAAUAAUACACUGGCCAAAGAUGGUUGGCUUUCACUCUGGAGAGGCUGGGGUCCCACUGCUCUGAGAGAUGUACCUUUCUCAGCAAUAUACUGGUAUAACUAUGAACACAUCAAGAAGCGGUUGUGCAAGACAUUAGAUGCACAUGAACCAACAUUUAUGAUCAGCUUUACUUCAGGGGCAACAGCUGGCUCUAUUGCAGCUACAGUAACUUUACCAUUUGAUGUGGUGAAAACACACAAACAAACUGAAAUUUGGGAAUAUGAGACCUUAAACUUAUCACAGAAGAGGUCCACAUCAACAUGGACAGUAAUGAAGAGAAUUGUUGCUGAGCAUGGGUUUACUGGAUUAUUUGCUGGUAUUGUUCCACGGUUGAUUAAAGUUGCUCCUGCUUGUGCCAUAAUGAUCAGCACCUAUGAAUAUGGGAAGUCCUUCUUUUGUAAAUUAAACAAACAAAAAAUAUACAAAGCUAUUAAUUCUCAUUCAAGCUGAGAUUGCAAUGAUAGUCAAGGUAUCUGGUCACGGUUGUGCCAACUUUGACUGUUGACUAGAAUUAAACUAUUCCAGACCAGGUAAAAUUCAACCAUGACGUUUGCUAACCAGAUGCAAUUCCCUUUACUUAGCACUUCCUUCAGGUUGCUUAUGCACCUUUAUUUCUGAAUUCAAAAAAGUGUAAGAGUGCUACGUGGUGUGUAUAUUCCUAGAACCAUUGUUUAAAAUUUCAUGUGAAUUCUCUCUUUAAAGACCAUGCUUUUAGAGAGCUAAGGAAGUAAAUUGAUAGUUUUAUAAUCAUCAGAAAUGGGUAAAACACACUUUGAGAUUGGUCAGAAACAUGAAAUAGUAUUUGCCACCUGUAUUAAAGAAAAAACCUCUUUCAGUGGAAAAUGAGACUGGUAUGGAACAUGAUUAUUUCUGACAUGCAUUUUAAUAUUUCUUCAAAUAGCCUCUCUUAAAUGUAUUUAUGCUCUGAGAAUCUAUUAGGUUUGUGUUCAGAAAAAUAGACAAUAUGUAAACAAACA